CCCUCUUUUAGAAAUAGUGCAUUGAUGAUUAUGUAGCCAAAGAACAGCACUGUGCAUUCUGCUCUGUGACUUCCUUAUCUUCAUCCUAUAAAUACCAAGGUAGGCCAAGAAGUCAGGGAGCAGUGAGCCCAAUAUUCCUCAGGCCAGCUCUGCCUGCCCACAGUGAGGAUGAAGAUGUCCAUGGCUGCCCUCUCCUUCCUCAUCCUUGCUGCUGCCCUUGGAUCCCAGGCCAGCAUCACACCUGAGUCAGAGAUAAGAGAACAUGUGGAGAAGUUGGAUCAACUUAAAUUUCCACCAGUUCAACACGGACUGGAGGAGAACAAAAGUAUCCUGAGGGUGUUCCCACCAGGGAAAAGCUUGGCCUCUCAAGUGGCCCUUUCUCUCCCUGCAGGCUGUCACAAUCCUAAUGACUGCUGCUUCUCCUACACUUCACGAAGGAUCCGGUGUACAUUCAUUGAAGAUUAUUUUGAGACAAGUGGGUGCCCCCAGCCAGGUGUCAUCUUCAUCACCAAAAGGGGACGACGUGUCUGUGCCAACCCCAGAGAUUUAGGAGUUCAGGAUUGCAUAAUAAACAUAAACCUGACCUUGCUGCCCAAGGACCUGGAAAUACGAAAUCUUGCCUAGGAAAUGGGACAUAAAUUACCAGCCAUCUGACCUUCAGCUUUCUUGCCCUGGCUAACUUCUGGGAGUUUCUUGGCCUGAAUUGUUUUUGUCUUUUUUUUUAACUCUUAGUCUUCUUAAAACAAUGCACUAAUAAACAAUAGCUGUAUGGACAUUACUGUAGCCAACCGCAUGCGUAACGGCCUGGUUUCCCCCAGAAUAACUCAAUUGUUUUUUCUGCACAGUUUUUCAGCAAACUAUAAAUGGAUAAAGGGAGCUCCAGCAGUGUAGCAGGAUAGCACACGGUGCUCUUAUAAAUAGAUAAAGCCAUUACAGUGAUACGUGGUGCUUUAUAACCAGACCCUGCCUCCAGAAAUGUUCCUGAUUCUUUGACGUUAGCUUAAGAAAAACCAGAGAUAGGACAGCUUGAAUGAAUUCACUUCUGUCCUAACCCAUUUAUAUGCACCCACUUUCUGUCACAAAUUGCAGGGAUCCAACCGGUCUUUUUACCACCUAGAACUAAAUUUCCAAUUCCCCAAUAAACUGCACUCUCUGCAAUCCUAGAUCUGUCUGC